AUGGAGAAGAUAACGGAGAAGUGCCACCACGAGAAUUCCUCCUCUUCUGAUUCGGACAACGAGAAACCACAGCAGUCCUCGUCGUCCGUCCAGGCCAAGAUCUACCGCCUCUUCGGCAGGGAGAAGCCCGUCCACACCGUCAGGGGCGGUGGAAAGCCUGCUGAUAUUUUCCUAUGGAGGGACAAGAAGAUCUCGGCCGGUGUACUAGGUGGGGCCAUGACCAUCUGGGUCUUGUCCGAGUUGAUGGAAUACCACUUGCUCACUCUUGUCUGCCACUGCGACAUGAACCUCAUCACCGAUGAUGAUUUCAGAGAGUUCGUUGACAAAGUCCCGGAGGGCUGCUGGAUCACCAUCGUGUCGGACUCCUGCCACAACGGUGGCCUGAUUGAUGAAUCAAUGGAGCAAAUAGGUGAGAGCACUAGAAAAGAAGAAGAAAGUGAUAAAGCUCUACUUUGUGAUACUGAGGCUCAAUCUAUUAGACGUUGGGAAGAUCUCGGAGUAGAUGAUGGGUUGGUUCAGAAGCAGAGGAAAUGGGCGAAGAAGAUGGGCACAGGCACGAGGGAUUCGGAAGAGAUGAAGCUGCGUUCGGAAGAUGAAGAUAAGAUCCACGAUGCAGGGGAGAGAGAGCUCUUCCGUGAUGCUCGGGAAGGAGUGCUGGGAAACAGGGGAGUGAACCAGACGCAUGGGAAAAAAUCAUGGGAUUCGCCUGGCAGUUUAGAUGAAACAGAGGAUUCGGAGAGAGGACGCAUGAGGUGCUGGGAUUCCGUUCGUGGGAUAUUGGGAAGGAUGCGGAUGAGAUCCUGA